AUGGAGAGGCCCCUCACGGUGCUGCGUGUGAGUCUGCACCACCCCACGCAGGACCUGGCCGCCGGCGCCCACAUCCCAGCCAGGCUGCAGCACGACGCCAGCCCCUUGCUGGUGGGACGCGGACCGGAAGCCCACCUGCGGCUGCCCCUCCCCCGCCUCUCCCGCCGACACCUGUCGCUGGAGCCCUACAGAGAGAGGGGCAGCGCCCAGCUGACUUUCUGCAUCAAGGCCCUGAGCCGCAAGGGCUGGGUGUGGGUCAACGGGCUGACCCUGAGGUUCCUGGAGCAGGUGCCCCUGAGCACCGUCAACAGGGUCAUCUUCUGCAGAGUCCAGAUGGUGAUCUGUGUGGAGCAGGGCGUGUCCCUGGAGGCUUUCGUCUGCUGCUUCCAGCUCAGCCCCUCGCCCCUCAUUUCCCAGCCCCAGGCCGUGGAGAUGGAUGAGUGGGAAAGCAGCCCCCCGGAGGAGCAGCCUCCCUCAGAAUCAGACCAGCGGGUCCUGUCUGACCCUGACUCACUGCACUACCUUCCUAGGCCGGACCUGGAGGAGGACCAGAAGUACAGCUCCAGGGGGGAGUCCCCAGAAUGA